GAGAGUGAGCGCAACGUUAAAACCAAGUGAACGGAUAGAUGGAAAAGGCCAAAAUACUGGAAUACAUAAAGGGCUAAUCAGAAUACAUUUGCACUGUGUGUGUGUGUGUGUUGCGGUGUGUGGCAGAAAAAAGACAAAAACAAUUUGCACUAUUGUGUGCUGAAGGAAUUUAUGAAGUGAUUUUUUUUAUAUAAAAUUUUAUUAUUUUUGCGAAAAUUGGUGGAAAGCUGUGGAUUUUAGUGGCGAAUAGUGAUUUCCUUUAUUUCCAAUUUAUGAUCUUGAAUACUUUUGAAGCAUUCUUUUUGUAUACUCUUUGGCUACAUCUCGAAGUGGCAGACUCCGCUUAAUUGACUGCUGUUUUUUUUUAUUAUCUUUGUUUUCUUCUUUGUGCUCUUGUGGUUGAGCGCAACGCAAAGCCGAAACUACUGAAAACUGGUUUUUCAAAAUUGUCUGUGCGCAUGCGCAAACGAUUUGAAGGCAAUUUGCAGACUGUGGUGGCGGCAGAGAAGUUUUGUUUACAAUUUUGCCGUUGCGAAGGGUGAAGAGAGAAAAAGUAGAGGGAAAACUUACACCAUAAACAAAUUAUGUAGUUGUAUAAAAUGGAUCGAAAUCAAACACACAUACAAGCAAAUGAAAGACUCAAGUGACAAACGUGAUCGCGCAACACAAAAAAACUGACUGGCUCCGCUGUCGGUGUUGACAAGUAAUCAGACAAACGCAUAAGAGAACCAAAACAAAAAAGCAAAGCAAAAGCAAGAACAAAAACAAGAAAGAUUUAAGCGACAAACGCGUGCAGGAAAGAAACUGUUAAAAAGCAGCAAACUUGUGCCCCGACAAGCGGACAAGGCAUGCUGCCAGCAAGUUGCAACAUUAAUUAACAAGCAUAUAUACACAUACAUACAUUUACAGCAACAACACCAGCAAAACAACUGAGACCACUUUGUGACUCAGUUUGCGACUCACUGCGGUGCUACUACAAUGGGCACACGUGUUCCACCGCCUUGCCCCACACCAUUGCACUGCGAUCAGGCCGCCAUGGCGGGCCUGCCACAGCUCAUCGCCGACUUGCAACGUCUAUCGGAGGAUCAGGAGAGCGCCGAUUUGGUAUUCAUUUGCGGACGAGAAGAAGAACGCAUUUAUGCACAUCGCAUAUUGCUGAUGGCGCGCUGUAAGAGCUUUAAAACGGCAAAGCGUGGUGAAAUCUGCCGCAUACCCGGCUGUUCGGUAUCGCCUGCAGCGCCGGGUACGCCCACGCCAGUGCGCCUGCCGCACGUCAACCCGGACGUCUUUCGGCAAUUCAUUGUUUACGUUUACACAGCGAAGAUUAUGCUGCAAGAUUCGCGUGUCUUUGAAAUGAUGACACUGGCUCAAGAUAUGGGCGUCGAAGAGCUGCGCGCGGCCUGUGAAGAUCAUGUGAUUUCCACGUUGUCGGUGGACAAUGCAUGCACUUUUCUCACAUCCGUUAUGGAAAUACACGAAAAAGCAGGUGCCAAAUGCGCUGCUUCGUUUAUGGAACGCUGCAUAAUUUACAUUGGUGAGAAUGCCAGUGAGUGUGCCAAAACCAAUGCUUUUCUGAAUUUGACCAAGGACGCAUUGGUGAAGUUGAUAUCCUCAGAUUACUUUUGUCUCGAAGAGGAGGACGUCUGGCGAUGCGUGCUCGCCUGGGCUAAGAAUCAAGCUGGCGUCACACAACCCACCGCACAUUGGACUGAGGAGGAACGUGCACGCGUUUGUCAACACCUAUCGGGUGUGAUGUGUCACGUACGUUUGCUGUUAAUCGAUAGUCAAGUAUUCGCAGAGGAGGUUGAGCCUACUGGUGCUGUGCCUAUGGAACUGUCAUUGGAACGUUAUCGUUAUGCAGCUCUACACUCUAAUAAAACUGGUGGCAGUGGUAGUAGUGUUGGCGUUGGUGGGGGUUCGAUGAUGCCAUCUGUACCGGGUAUGACGGAGGAUGAUAAGCGUUUGCAGCCGCGCUUAACAGUCAAUAUGUUCCCAGGAUCGCAAUUGUUGCGGAAUGAUAAACUGUAUUUACAAAGCGUACUGAAUGGGUGGUAUGGCAUGCCUAAACAAUCUUGGCGUUUAGUGUUUCGCGCCUCAACCCAUGGCUACUCAUCGAGCGCUUUCCACCGUUACUGUGAUGGUGUGGCACCUUGCUUUGUUGUUGGCAUUGGUUCGCGUGGCGAGCUAAGCGGGGGCUACACAGAUGUUGCAUGGGCAAAAACGAGUCGUAAAGGCGGCUAUAUACAUUCGGAGCGCGCAUUCUUAUUCGCGCUCAAUCCCGCUGGUGGUGAUCCAUCCGUUAAGUUUGAUAUAAUCAAGAAGCCCUAUGCCAUAUGCUAUCACCCAGAUUGCGGUCCUAUUUUCGGUGCUGGCGCUGAUUUGCUCAUCGCCAAUAAUUGCAAUACGAAUAUGGAUUCGUAUUCGAAUUUGCCUCAUUCGUAUGAUGGCCCUAACGCCUCUUACUUGACACUCUUUGGUGAUUACAAUUUCACGGUUGUUGACUAUGAAGUCUAUACGUUAUCCACAACCACAGCCGUCGGCAGCGCAGGCGGCAUAGGAGCAGUAGGCGGCAGUGGCAAUGGAAAUAGCAGUAAUAAUAAUAACAACAGUGGUAUUUCGGGCAAUAAUGGCAGUAACAGUAAUAAAAAUGGUUCAUCAUAUAACAGUAGUGGCAACAACAAUAGCAGCGGCAAUUUGUCAACGAAUAUCGUUGGCGGCAGCAAUGGUGGGGGCGUGGGUGCUGGCAGUGGUGGAGUUGCUGGCGGCAUGCACAAACCAAAGUAUGAAAGAUAUUGAUUGGAUAUAUAUAUAUAUAUUUUUAAUUUCUUAAUGUUUGUACUUCCAAUUUGGCUUUGCUGUUAUUUAUGCAUUUAAAAAGUCUAAUUAAUCUUUGACUUUUUUCAUAGCUUUGCGCCAUUAAAUAGAUAUACAUAUGUGCACUUAAAAUUUAUUUAAUAUUUUUUAAACAAUGUACCUACUUGUUUGUUAUUUGAGUCCACAUGGAAAAUCGAGCCUCAGUACUUGUAACUUCUUGAGCUGACGCAUACUAAAAAUAAAGCUAAAUGCUCUA